AUGGAGCCUUGUUACGAGAUCAGGAUUACUCAAGCUAAAAAGGGUCGGGGUAUGUUCAGCAGACGUUUCAUAAAAGCCGGGGAAGAAAUUUUUCUAGAGUCACCGAUGGUGAGCGUACAGUUUGCCUGGAAUGAGACCUGCAAGUACAAGGCCUGCCAGCAAUGCCUGAGGUCCAUGGAAACAGCUGAGCAGAUGUACAGAAGGUUGACCAACAAACCCCAUUUCACACUCCCGAAAUCAAACCUGUGUGAAGUUACACCUGACAGACAUGUUUGCUGUCCAGAUUGUGGGGCUCCGUACUGCUGCAGAGAAUGUUAUGAGGAGGCCACGGCACUCCAUCACAAAGUACUGUGCACUGGCAAAGACGGGAAAGACCACCCGACAAGUCAUUUAAUAGAAACAUGGAAAACCAUGCACUACCCACCGGAGACAUUCAACAUCAUGCUAGCAGCAAGACUCAUUGCUACUGUUAAACAGAAAUCAGACCCUCUUGAAAGGAAGGAAUUUGUUGACAAGCUCUCGACUUUUUGUCGGUCAUUGACUAACGAUGAAAACAACAUCAUCCACAAACUGUUAGGAAAUCAGUUUCAACAUCAGAUUGAGGUACUAAGAGAAAUUUUGAAAGAAAGUUUCUACGAAGAGUCUAUAAAAGAGUGGUUUGAGCCAGAUGGUUUUAAAUCAUUGCUGGCCCUAAUAGGGACAAAUGGUCAGGGUAUUGGCACAAGUUCCUUCAGUGUCUGGGCCACAAAUUGUGAGAAGAAGAUUGCCGAUGAAAAUCUACAUAAGGAACUUUCUGAUCUGAUCGAUGAGCUAUAUGAUGAUCUUAACAAUAUUGCAGGUCCUGAGUUUUUAGACUGUGAAGGUUCCGGGCUCUACCUUCUGCAAAGUGCAUGCAAUCACAGCUGCGUACCAAAUGCUCAAGUAACCUUCCCACACAACAAUCACAUCCUCUCAUUGAAGGCUGUGAAGGACAUUGAACCCGAUCAGGAGAUUUUCAUCUCAUACCUUGACGAAUGCGACAGGACAAGGAGUAGGCACUCGAGACACAGAUUACUCAGGGAGAAUUACUUAUUCAUAUGCAACUGCCCAUUAUGCGUCUCACAAGCUUAUGACCCAGAUUUCACAUCGGAUGAUGAUGAUGACGACGACGACGAUGAUUGCAUGGAUCAUAAUUAAUUUUUAAUUAUGUUUCGUACUAAUUAUAGUAAUAUUACUUAUUAUAACUUUUAUUUAUAUUAUGUUAUGUAUUUAAGAAAUUUGAAUGAAAUGGUGUGACCAUAGUUCUGGUAUACGAGUAAUUAAUUUAUCUCUGUGAAUUGCAGAAUUUGUGCCUGCAUUUAUCUACUUGAGUGUAUUUGUUUGUAUGUCUGAAUAGGUAUAAGUGUGUCUACUGAAUAAAGGUAAUUUUUUUUUCAGAUGCUUAUUUUUGGAUUAGGAUAGCUAUAUGGCAUGAUUUUUAUUCAAUUUCAAAGGCAAAAAACAUUUUAGACAUUUAUAUUCAACAUUAUUAUUAUUUAUAUUAAUUACAUUAUUUAGAAAACUGGUCAUGUGUUUUCUUUGCUUUCAUUUAUUGGCUCAAACCCUUCUUUUAGCAUUUUAUCUUGAAACUUUAAGUAAUUUCUCCGUCUGUUGAAAUAUGUUGUCUGUUGGAUGAAUAAAAUUUUAAAUGAGUCCACUUUUAAAUCA